GCAGGAUUUUUCCCAAACUUCCAGUCAUGUCUGCCUACUACGAUCCAUAUGGAAAUACGGUGUGCACCACACAACCUUAUCCACAGCCACCUCCGCCGGUUAUUGUAUGCCAACCACAACCAGAUCACUGCCAUCGUCAUGAGCCAUCAUGUUGUGAGAGCUGUCUGGCAUGCUGUGUAUGCUGCCAGUGCCUGGCCUUGUUGUGCUCCUGCUCGGAAGGUGGUUGCUGUUGCUGCAGCGAUGAUCAUUGCUGAUUGUGUUAAUUGAAAUAUUUGAACCGUAAAAAAACACAUAAAUUGUAUUUUUCAAAGUUAUUCUCAGAUUGUAAGAAGUUCAAUAAAAUGUAUCUUCAGAAUAAUA